GAGCGCUUACGCCAUCAUGUGUAAAAUGAACGAAAGACGAUUGUAUACGACCGACCAAUAGGAAUCAGCAUGAAGAUAUUCGUUAAUCGAGCAGUGGGGAAAGGGAGUGACGAGUGACUACGAAUUACAAUUAGCGACACAACAAAUGAAAGCGUGACGUGAAUAGGCUGCUUUGCCAUACCGCGUCAGGAUAAUGUCGUUCGAGAAGAAAAACGUUGUCCGAUUGUAAAUCAGGGUCCAUAAAAGUCCCGUAAUUGAAUCCCGGCACUGUUUAAUCGCGCAGUUGCCAGAAAAUGGAAGCAGACUAUCAACCGACGCUAAGCCCGACACGAACUUUGACAGCAAUAGCUAAUGACGUCGAAGACCCAUACCCAAGUUUGUCAGAUUAUCAUGAUUAUGAGCCCAACUUGGAGUUCGAUGAUACCGAGUUACAAUCCACCUCAAAUAAUGCUGUACAGCUUUUAGAAGAAAAGUUGGAUUUGAUUAGCAGUGGUGCAGGUACUGGCAUAGAUUAUUUGGAGAGUCCAGUAAGCGAUGGGACAAUUGAAGAAAACUUUGAAGAAGCUUUAGUAGAUGCUCCAGUUAUCGAAUCUGCAGAGGAUCUUGCUGCACUGGACGGUGAACUUGCGGAUGAAGAAGAUUAUCUUGAUAUUGCAAGACAUGGCAUUGUAGAGGUGGUUGGUGAUGAUAGUGCUGGUCGUAAAAUAAUAGUAGUAUCUGCGUGUAAAUUACCUCCCGUAGGAAAAGAAACAUUUAAUCAUGCUAAACUCUUAAGGUAUCUCACGCAUACUUUAGACACCUUUGUAGAACAAGACUAUAGUUUAAUUUACUUUCACUAUGGUCUUACCUCGAAAAACAAACCACCAUUAUCUUGGUUAUGGCAAGCAUAUAAAGCUUUUGACAGAAAGUAUAAAAAGAAUUUAAAAGCUUUGUAUUUAGUUCAUCCAACCAACUUUAUUAGAAUUGUAUGGCAAAUAUUUAAGCCAGCCAUUAGUGCAAAGUUUGGUCGGAAGAUGAUGUAUGUCAAUUAUUUAGAAGAAUUAGCACAAUACAUUAAUCUUGAUCAGCUUAUUAUACCUCCUCAAGUAAUAGAACAUAAUGAACAGCUAAUGUUAAAGAACAAAAAAAAUUUACCAACAAGUCCACCUCAGAGUACGGUAACAACACCAGUUGGUACCACUCAAUUUGGAGCAAGUCUCCCUUUUAUUAAAGAAAAUAAUAAUGGUGACCCUAUACCAGCCAUAGUGCGGCAAUGUGUAGAAUUUCUUGAUACACCUGAUGCAUUAGAAACAGAAGGAAUAUUUAGAAGAUCAGCUAAUGUAGCAGUAAUUAAAGAACUUCAGAGUCGUUGUAAUCAAGGGUUACCUGUUGAUUUCCAAGGAGAUCCACAUAUAGCGGCAGUUCUUCUUAAAACGUUUCUUCGCGAAUUAGAUGAACCCCUUAUGACAUAUGAAUUAUAUGACGAAAUAACACAAUUUCAAGCUCUAUCAAAAGAUGAACGUCCAAGAAGGGUAAAAAUAUUAGUACUCGAAAAACUUCCGGAAGAUAAUUAUCAGCUCUUAAAAUAUAUUGUACAAUUUUUAUCUAGGGUAAUGGAUAGAUGUGACUUAAACAAAAUGACAUCAAGUAAUCUCGCUGUUGUAUUUGGUCCAAAUCUUGUCAGAGCUCCGCCAUCACGUGGAAUGUCGCUUUCCGCAAUAGGUCCCAUUAAUCAAUUCAUAGAUUUUUUAUUUAUUCAUCAAGAUAAAAUAUUUAUUAUUUAAAGAAAAAAUAUGCGUAGAACCGAAUACUAAAGGCCUAAUUUAAAACAGAAUUAGUACUUUCUAAUAUAUGUUUUAGAUCAGAAGUCCUAUAAAUUUGGCUGCCGAGUUUGAUAUUGUAUAAAUUUACAUAAAGCAACUUCGAAGAAAAUUUUAUAGGAUUUUUAAUGAAAAGUUCGACAAGUUUCUUGCGACUUUCAUCUUAUUGUUAGUGUACAAAACUAAGAAAUUUCAUUUAUCAGUUUUACCCGAGACCUUUCAUCUUAAUAUAUACAUAAAAAAUGUUAAAUCUCAUUUAUUAAUUCUACAUCUUCGGAGUCAUAUCAAACUUGUUGGAACUUAAAUAACGAACGUAACAAUUCGUGUGUAAUAUUAAUAUUUCAUUAUAACAUCCGUACUUUGUUGAUUAAAAUAUUUUUAUAUUCAAAUAUACAGAUAGAGAAAUAUUUGCAUACCUAAAUAAUGUCACAAAUAGCACUUAGUUAUACAGCUUGCACAAGAUUUUAGUAAAUUGAUACGAUAAUUUCAGAAUGAAAAUAUUAGGCACUGAAAUAACUCUGGAUACUUUAUAAUUUAAAAAUGUAUAAAGUUACGUGAAAAUUAAUGGUAUACCAAAGAUAUGUGAAAUUGUCAUACAAUUAUUAUAAAACGUAGGAUUAUUUAGGAAUAAAUAUUACAUAAUAACUUAUACUGGUAGAAGUAUGAUGUACAGGAUGCCUUGCUCGCAUAAUUUUAACUUAAAGAGAAAUGAACAUGACAAGAUUUAUAGAAAGUCAUAAUGAUUAUAUCUUGUUAUAGUUGAUUAGUAUAGCCAAAGCGAUAUACGGUAAUGAAUUAGUAAUUAUUAAUAGUAUGUGGCAUCCUUUGUAUCGAAGUUGUGUAUAAUAUACAUACAGAAAAAUUAAUGCUAA